AUGACCCCGAAACCAGACCUCGAAGCCUAUGGCUACCGCUCAACCAGCGAGUCUGAGGAAGAUUCGCGCAAGAAUGGCAACAACAAUGGCAACUCGAACCAGAAGAAGGCAAAGAAGAGGAGGCCGGCCCCUCAACAAAGCAUAAACAAGAUCUGGAGGCGCUUCUCGGCGAAGCAGUCCUCCAAGGCACUCUCGAUCCUUCCCUUCGACCCAGUGCCAUUGCCAAGCAUCACAGAACGCCCAAACGAGCUCCUGAGCGAAGGAUACGAACGUGCACGUGAUGAAUGCUCCCGCAGAGUCAAGAAGAUUGUUCAAGAAUGCCGCAGGAUCAACACACGGUACAGAGAUCCUGGGUACGACCUGGACUGGGACCUGAAAAUGGUCAAAGGCAACACACUGAACCACCUGGGCUCCAACAAGUUCGACAUUCACGGACCUCGUUCCAGCACCAGCACUGCUGUCCCGAAAGCUGUCAAGAGAGUUCACGAGAUCUUUGAGAAACCCACUUUUAUGAAGGACACCCUGGGAAGCGACAUUAAGCAGGGCAGUCUUGGCGACUGCUGGAUCAUUGCCGCCUUCAGUGCUCUGGCCAAUGUCGAAGGUGGCAUUAAGCGCUGCUGUGUCGAGUAUGACACUCGCAUUGGCAUUUACGGUUUCGUCUUCUGGCGGGACGGCGAAUGGGUCUACUCGAUCGUUGACGACAAACUGUUCCUCACCUCGCCGAAUUGGGACUCACCCAGCAUGCAACGCGAUCUGCUCAAUCAGCUCGAUCGAGAGCAGCCCGAGAAGGAAUACCGCAAGACAUACCAAACCGGCUCGAAGGCAUUGUUCUUUGGCCAGGCCAGGGAUCAGAAUGAGACUUGGCCAGCCCUGAUGGAGAAGGCCUUUGCAAAGGCCCAUGGAGAUUAUGGCUCGUUGGCCGGUGGUUGGAUUGGCGAGGGCGUAGAAGACCUCUCUGGAGGCGUGACCACUGAACUUCUCGUGUCCGAUAUCCUCGACCUGGACGGCUUCUGGGAAGAUGAGAUUAGCAAGGUCAACCAGGAGUUCAUCUUCGGCUUGUCCACGGGUCUCCUGGAUGGAGGCUACGGGGACCGCAAUGGCAUCCGCGAGGGCCACGCAUACGUCAUGAUGGACGCGAAGACCCUCAAGAACGGGCAGCGACUGGUUAAGCUUCGCAACCCUUGGGGUAAGACCCGCAAAGGCAUCUGGAAUGGCGCCUGGUCCGAUGGCUCGAAAGAGUGGAACUCGGACGUUGCCAGUGAGCUCGGCCACGAGUUCGGCAACGACUCAGUUUUCUGGAUCACCUACGAGGACAUGCUGGAGAAGUUCCAGCACGUCGAUCGCACUCGCCUUUUCAAGGACAAGGACUGGAGGAUGUGCCAGCGCUGGAUUGGCGUCGAGGUUCCGUGGAAGCCACAGUGGAACGAGAAGUUCCACAUCACGCUCACCAAGGAGUCCCCCCUCGUCAUUGUCCUCCAGCAGCUGGACGGUCGCUACUUCAAGGGUCUGCACGGCCAGUACUCAUACCGCCUGCACUUCCGCAUUCAUGAGCAGGGGCGCCCAGAUGCAGAGGACUACAUUGUCCGGUCGCACGGCAACUACCUCAUGGAGCGGUCCGUCACAGUCGAGCUCCCCUCUAUGGAACCCGGAAGGUAUUCCGUCUUCAUCAAGAUUGUCGCCGACCGUGACACAGACCUCACCUCGGUAGAGAACGUGGUCAAGCGAGAGUGCAAGAAGCGCAUCGAGAACGACAAGCUGGCGCAGGUCGGCUACGCCUACGACCUUGCUCACAGCAAAGGUGUGGCCCACCUUGAGCAGAUCGAAAAGCUUCGCAAGGCUUCUGACAGCAAGAAGGCCAGCACCUCCCGGCAGAAGGAGCGCCGCAAGCUCUGGGAGAGGCGGGAGAUCAAUCGCGAGGUGAACCGCAAGCAGAAGGCCAAGAACAAGGAGAAGAGCGACAAGCGCCGCGCCGCCCACAUUGCCAAGUGGGAAAAGGAGCAGGAUGAGCUCGAGGCUGCUCGCAAGGCGCAGGCCGCUGAGCAAGAGGCUGCGGCGCAGAAGAAGAAGAAGGAAGAGGAAGAGGAAGCCGCUCUCCAGAAGGAAAAAGAAGCGGCCGAAGUUGUCGCGAGCAAGGCAGCUGAGGCCACUGCCGCGGAGAAGGCGGAGGAAGUGCCUUCGACAGAGUCUGCCAGUGACCAGGACAAGAAUGCGGAGAAUCAGGCUGGCGAUUCUACAUCCUCUGCCAGCUCGGAGUCGUCCGCCAGUCCCCAAGAUACUCCCACUAGCGAAAACUCGGAGCCUGCGACUGACGAGAGCAAACCUACCGAGGAGAAGGUGGCCGUGCCGCCAGUAUCUGGAGGCCCUCCUCCUGAGCCAGAACCUGAGUCCAAGGAGCAGGAAGAAACCCCUGCCCCAGCCAAGGAGGAGCCGGCUCCUCGCCCAGCGCCACCAGCUUACAACUCCGACAACGAUUCCUCGGACAGCCCCGUCGAGGACUGGGAGCUGAUGUACUCGUCAGAUGACAUGUCGAGGAAGCCGAGAAUGGCAGCACCCCCGCCGCCUGCAAACAACGACAAGCAAGUCGUUGAGAGCGACGGCGAGUCCAGCAUGCCCGAUCCUUGGAACGCCGUUUGCAUUGUCGGGUUCCGCGUCUACUCCAAGGACGAGGACCUGCAGGUGCGCGUCGUCAUCGAGGGCGGCGAGCUGGCGGAGAACGGCAUGGGCGAGAAGGGCAGCGCCGACAUCGACAACGCUCAGAUGAACGCCGCUGGUGGGCGAGAGAAGCCUCCUGUCGAGGACGCCGUUGCUGACGAGGUCGAGAUCAUUGACGGGACAGCAGUGAGCAAGCCCAAGAUCGUUGUCGACGAUGCCACAGUCGAGGAGGACAAGGAGUCGGACGAGGGCUCCGAGGCCGAUGUCGAGGACGAGGACGGCGUUGUCGUCAAGCAGCCUCGCCGGAAGCGCCGGUCGUCAUCCAAGAAGGGCAAGAAGAGCGCCGACGUCAACAAGGACAAGGAGGAUGGUGAAGACUCGUCCUCGUCGACCGACUCGAUGGCCAUCGCCACGCCGGGGUCAAUCGUCACCGACCGCAGCGACUACGAGCUUGCCAGCUCAAGCAAAGACAAAGACGACAAGAACACGAACUAG